UUGUGGGAUACCGGCGGACUCAACAGCACUACUGUGAUGGCGACCAACAUCGAGGAGAUCUUCAGGGAUUUUGUUAUGAGUAAAAUCAAAGAAAUCGAGGAUGAGUCUCAAGAUAACAGUCGGACAGAUGAGACCCAUUGUAAUACUGUGGAACCACAAUCUGAGCCUGUCGCAGAGACAAGAGAAGAUGGACUUCAAACAGAACACAUUAACACAACAACAGAUAAAGUCACACGUACUGACCUCCAGGAUGACCAGGGUAAAGAGGAUGCCAGCACUAAACACAGGAAGAGUAAAAAGCACAAAAAGCACAAAAGUAAAAAGAAGAAAAAAAAACAUAAGUCCAGAAAAGACGGCAGCUCAGAGACUGACUCUGACAGAGAGACUCAAGAAAGUGGAAAGAAAAAGAAGAGAAAGAAAAAGAAAAAAUCUCGAGAGGCAGACAAAGCGAAAAGGUCUGGCUCACGUUUUCAAAGCUCUUCUGCAUCUGGAUCAGAAUCAGAAUCCGAAGCAAAACCUUCCAGUGAAAAUGCUAAAUCGCCAUCAGCAGGUAAGGCUUCAAAGUCUGAGCUGAAGGAACCAUCUGGUUUAGGUAAGUCUCGGGAGUUACCCGACAUUAUUCCCAAGAUGGAAAAUUCUGUCCACAACAACAUAGAAAAUGAAAGGGCCAAGGACAAGAAAAGAAGCCCCAGCAGGACAUCUAAAAGAGAGGAGAACUCCAGAGGAAGACGAACCAGAUCAAGAUCACCCAAACGGAAAUCCGGACACAGAUCAAGAUCCCCGUCUUCAAAACGACAACAGAAAUCAAAGUCGAGAUCUCGUUCUAGAAAUAGUCCCAGAAUGAGGUCUAAUCAGCGGAGAGAGAGAAGUAGAUCGAGGUCAAAGGUACGGAAUAAACAUUCCAGGUCUCGUUCUGUGAGAAGAGGCAGAAAUUCAAGAUCAAAGUCACGUUCCAGGCGGACUCGCUCAAGGUCUAUUGUAAUCUUAAGGAAGAACAGAAGGUCCGCUUCAAAAUCUAGGUCUCACUCUCCACGAUGUAGGAACCAUUCCAGGAGUAGGUCGCAAGGAAGAACAAAACAUUCAAAAUCAAGGUCCAUAUCAAAAUCUAGUUCUGUUUCAAAAGACAUUCAGAAGAUAACUGAAACUAUUAAGAAUGAUACAGUUCCAGCAAAGGACAAUAGUGAAAGUUCUGGAAUUCAAGCAGAUGUAUCUCAAAAAACUACUGAGAAUGGACAAAGUCCACCAAUGGCUGUGAACGCGGAAACCAAGCCACCUGAGACUGUUGUGGAGAGCUCAAAUUCUGGUGUGAAUGCAGUUGGCUUCACUGGAUCUUGGAGACCAGUACCCUUUUUAAGUGAGUCAACUAAGGGCAACUCUUCACAGAAGUGCAUUACACCAGAGGUGCCUUUGGAGGUGAUCAAUGUAUCUGCAGAAACCUCAGCGUCCUCAACAGUUGAGCCAAAGGAUUUAGAGUGUAGCGUCAAACUUGAAAAGGAAGAAGCUACCGCAACUCCAACAAUAGACCCACAGACUUCAUUAGAGAAGAAUUCAAGGUCACCGUCCAAGUCUCCCAAUCCACAAAGAUCCUCAAGAUCCAAACGAGCUGCAAGAUCUAGAUCAAAGUCUUCCUCGAAAAGGAGGAAAUCCAGGUCGUCUUCACGGAAUAAGGACAAGAAGUCCAAAUCUAGAUCACCCUCACAAAGAAAAAGCACCAAGUCCAAAACGCAGAACAAAAGUUCUAAAUCAAGGUCACCCAAAAGGAAAAGGUCAAGGUCUCGUUCACCAGGUAGAAGGAAAAGGUCUAAAACUCCAGACAGAAGCAGGCGAUCAAAAUCCAAAAAAAGGUCUCGCUCGCGUUCAAGGAGGCGAUCUCGAUCAGGCUCGCGUUGGAAAAGAGGUUUUGGAAGUCGAACGCUAAAUCAACGGGACCGAUGGAAACGAGAACCCAGUCGGUCUCCGGUCCUCAUUCUUCGUAAGAAAAGGUCAACGUCCAAAACUCGCCGAAGUGCCAGCAAGACGCCUCCACGUCUUACGGAGCUUGAUAAGGAACAAUUGCUGGAGAUAGCUAAAGCUAAUGCUGCAGCUAUGUGUGCCAAGGCAGGGGUGCCCAUUCCAGAGAGCCUCAGGCCUAAAACUAUCCUUCAACUACCCUUGCCAAAUGCAAAUGCUACAGCCUUACCCUUGGGGGUACCAGUGAUGUCAAACAUAACCAUGAAUGCUGCUAUGGCUAGCAUGACUGCUGCUACAAUGACUGCUGCUUUGUCUAGUAUGGGUGCCUUGGCGUCAUUGCCGCAAUUGGCCCCAUUACCGACAAUUGUCAACAAGCCACCCCCUUCAAACACCUCUAAUCUAGCCAGUAUUGAGGAAGCCAAAAGGAAAGUAACCAAACAGGCUAACAGUUUCAGCAUUCAAGAGCUAACAGAGAGAUGCAAGAAGAUUGCUGAGAGCAAGGAAGAGAUGGCCAUUGCAAAACCACACGUGUCAGAUGAUGAAGACGAUGAGAAGCCAUUUGGGGGAACUUCCCUUAAGGAGAACAAGGGCUUUGCCUUUAGUCUCAGUAGCACCUCAAUAAAGCCAGCCGUCCGAACGGAAGCUGUCUUUGCUAAGGAGUUUCCAGUGUCCUCCGGCUCCCAGCACAGAAAGAAAGAGGCUGAUGGUGCGUACGGGGAAUGGGUGCCAGUUGAAAAGAAGACGGAAAAGCCAUCAGAAUCAGGUUCUUCCGGGACAGAAGAGGCCAGCAAGGACAAAGAUAGUGUCUUUCCUGAAGCGCCUUCUCAACCAGUGGACAUCACAUUGGCUGUCAGCGAGAGAGCAGUGGCCCAAAAGAGGCUGGCGGAAAACCCUUUCGACAUAAACGCCAUGUGUAUGCUCAAUCGGGCUCAGGAGCAAGUGGACGCCUGGGCCCAGUCCAACACAAUUCCUGGACUCUUCACGGGUUCAACAGGUGCCCAAGUGCUCUCGUCAGAUGAGCUGUCUAACAGCGGCCCACAGGCUUGGAUUAAGAAGCAGAUGCAGGAUGGGCUGCUCACCUCACUGUAUUCUUCUUAAAAGUGUCUUGAGAGAGAGAGACAUGGAAACAGAGAGAAGGGAGGAAGGAAGAGGAUUUGAAGUAAGUCCGAAGACAGCCCGGAAACUGUCAAUGGGUAGAGGAAAUGCAUUGGAUAGUUCCAACUCUGAAAUCUGAUUGAAUGAGCCAUGUUCAAAACUGUUGCCUUAUAUGCACAACAGUGGCCACACAUCAAAAUACAUUCUAUGUUAUAAUAUAGUUAGGCUAAUAUUACUGGUGGAAGAAUUGUUUAUUGUGAUUAUUAUUAGAACUAAAUGAAAUUACUGAUUGAACAUUGGUGUAAUUUAUCAUAUUGCUGUUGUACCAUUUUAAUAAAAGCAAACUAACUAAUUGAGGCCAUGUUUUAGUUAAGGGUUUUAGGCAAUUUUAACAGCUCUCCUUAAUCAUGGUAAAAUAACUGUAAUUUACAUUUACUUUUUAAAUGUACACUUCUUUCAAACCUUCCAACCAGAAGUGUGUACAUGAGUCUCAUUUUAGCCAAAAUACAUAUUGUCCUAAAGGCUUUUUUUUUCUCUCCCCAAUUUGGAAUGCCCAGUACUUAAUGCGCUCUAAGUCCUCGUGGUGGCGUAGUGACUCGCCUCAAUCUUGUUGUGGAGGACGAAUCUCAGUUGCCUCCGCGUCUGAGACCGUCAAUCCGCGCAUCUUAUCACGUGGCUUGUUGAGCGCGUUACCGCGUGUGGAGGCUUUACGCCAUUAUCCACGGCUUCCACGCACAACUCACCACGCGCCCUACCGAGAGCGAACCAUAUUAUAGCGACCACGAGGAGGUUACCCCAAGCGACUCUACCCUCCCUAGCAACCGGGCCAAUUUGUUUGCUUAGGAGACCUGGCUGGAGUCACUCAGCACACCCUGGAUUCGAACUCGCGACUCCAGGGGUGGUAGUCAGCAUCUUUACUCGCUGAGCUACCCAGGCCCCUGUCCUAAAGGCUUUUGAUGUUGACCACUGUGUAAUACAAACCUGAUCUUUACAUUCAGAUGUGAUAAUCCUACAUGUUUAUAUAGACUCUGGAUCCCUUGGAGCUAAAUAAAUAGUGGCGAAAAAGUUCAUGGCUUUCAUACAACCAAAGACAGCAUUCAGGGCAGUAUUUUACCUAGAUACAAUAUACAGUAUUACAUUAAUAACGUUUCCCAACAGCAAAUAGACUUAAAGAUGUCUAAAUGUGGAAUAUUUUUGGAGCUUACCCUCACUCAAGGGGUGGGAUCCAAAUUGUUCAAAUCCUAUAGAAAGUUGACUUGCAUGAUACUUUUAAACUUCAAGUAAGUCCCUAUUUUCUGUCUCAAAAAUGACUUCCUGAGAUGAAGUGUUGAACACUCAGUGUUACAAAUGGCCUGGUCAACUUCCCAACACACAAUGACUGCAAUCAAAUCAAUGUUUGUUCCCUUCGGGAUCAGAGAUAAAUGGGAUUUGGCAUCCAUUGCCAGUGGGUACAAGGUUCCAAACCUCAAGUUUGUCUCUCUGCCCAUGGUGGGAGCUAGUGGGUUUGAUGGGGUUGGGGCACGGAUGGACGAGGGGUGGGGGCUCACAGUUUGACCUGUGAACUCUCACCCCUCUGUAUGGAAACUUGUUGCAGGGUCAGUCCUUGUAGCUGCCUUGUUGCCAUGGUCACAGUCAGGCCCCUUCUAUUCACGUCAGAUGCUCAGCCGCUGAUGAGGGCCUAGGUACGUACGUCAUCCAGCACCCUUCCUUCUAUUCAUGUGGAUUUGUGUGUGAAUUGAUACAUUUCUGCCAUGUCGUACUGUUUGAUUCAUCUGAACUGACUCAGACCCUGAGUUCUGUUCAGGGCGGUUUUGAUGCCUGGCCUGUUGAAGGCUUGCACCUUAAAUUACAGAUGUAUUAUCUAAAAGUGUAGUCCUUUUAGAUUGCUUCAGGUGAGAAUGCAAAGAAAGGACUCUACAUUUAAACGAUUUCCAUGUUAUAACUAGGUCUGUCAAUCAAUUAACAUUUUUAAGCAAAUUUAUAACAUGAUAUGCUGAUUAAUGGAAUUAAUAACAAACUAAUCACUUGUACACAGGCGUAAAAUGGACUUCUUUGGCCAUUGGAUUGUGACUUGCUGUGACUUACAAUCUCAGCUUGUGUAAAUGUAUACUAUUAGCAUCUUGGGUCAUAAAUGCCGCGUAAAGAUGCGGCAUCAAGUUUGAUAAACAUGUCUCAAGACCCUUGCAUUCUGGUCCAUUCUAGAUUUUUUGUGAAGGAUUCCACCUGCUCUCUGUAAGCUGGGGGAGCGCUGACCUCAAGACUUCUAAAAACAUGGCGUUGGUACUUUAAGCUUGAAUUGCUCCAAAUGUGGGAAAAUAACUUAUGGAAUUCACAUGCAGGCCAGAGGGCAUGAUUAAAUUUUUUUUUUAAUUAACACAUUUUCUAUUAAAUAUAAUUAAACAAAAUGUAUGCGUUACAUUGACAGCCCUAGUUAUAACAUCUCAAACAGUAAAAAAUUAAGGCGACUAAGCUCUAAAAUCUAGUAGAUGUAGAUAUGUUUUUACCUUAAAUACAGCUCUAUGCUCAGGUUAAAGUGACGUGACCUGGCUUCUUCUGAAGAUGUUGAAUGCAGUGACAAACUAAUCGCUCACUAUCUCCCGUUUCUCUCCGUUUGCUUCUAUUCCCCUCUUCCUGUUUCUGUCCUGUUCCAUUUAGGAUCAGUUCCUGCGAGCUGCGCCAGUCUCAGGCGGAAUGGGCGAGUUGUUAAUGAGGAAGAUGGGAUGGCGUUCCGGGGAGGGUUUGGGGAAACACAGGGAAGGCACAGUGGAGCCCAUCGUUAUCGAUUUUAAAACAGAU